AUGGGGCAAAGUGUGAGAGUCAGGGUGAAAGAUGGCUUAUCAGACUCAGCAGUGAACGGCCAUGGCAAAGCUAUGUUGAGAGAUGCUUUAAGUGGUGUGAAUGAAGGCAUUCGAGUGGGAGGCCAUCUCAUUAAGACAGAGCUCUUGGCGGAUGAUCACGUAACCUUAGCCAGCUCAGUUAAAGGUCUGCAACUUAUGAUGGAUAAAAUACAGGAGACCACAGAGGAAUAUGGUAUGAAGAUCAAUGUUAAAAAGACUAAGGUGAUGAAAACCAGUAAGAUGCCUCGUGUGUAAUUCAUGAUCUUUCUUCAGGGUAAACAAUUAAGCCAAGAACCGCAUCUUAACUGUCUUGGGAGCCUUAUCACUUAGGAUGGAUCCUGUGAGGACUUUAGAUCGAGAAUAGCCCUAGCAAUGAACACAUUUACUGAAAGAAAAGAACUGAUGACAAAAGCCUUCAGCCUAAUUGCCUGAAGAAGAGAAUUAUAUGGACUGUCACUUGGAGCACUCUUCUGUAUGGAGCCCAAUAGUGGAACUUGAAGAAAAAGGACAUGCGAAGGCUGGAGAGCUGUGAGAGGUGGCCUAGUUUGGAGAAAGGUCUAAAAACAUUUCCUAGUCUGACAAAGUCUGUAACGAAGAAGUAUUGAGGUGCGUCGUUAAGGAGAGGGCGUACAUUUCUGUAAUCAACAGACGACAGUCUGGCUUGGUAAUACCCUACGGAAUGGUGAUGUUACCCGAUUGGUUAUUAAGGGGAUAAUAAUAGGAAAGAGGCCACCUUGA